AGCAUUCCCCGGCACGGACAGCCGCCUGUGUAACCCGAUGCUGCGGAGCUGGGGGGAGGACUCGUCUCUCCUUUCUCCGCUGGGUUUUUUUUUUCUGUUUCCUGUCUGGUAUUGUGCUGGGGAGCGGAUGUGUGCAGCGCCCACAGGUGUGUCUGUGCCCGGCUCUCCUCCUCUCUUCCAGGGAUCCCGUGCAGCUGUAGCCCGGAGCUCUUCCCAGGAGGACGGAUAUGGGUGCUGGGUGUGUGGGCGCAGCGGGAUGAUCGCUGAUGCUGGAUUAGAGACCCGGGGAUCAGCCCAGCACUGGCUGCAGCCAGCUACAACUUGGAUUUGAAGCUACAGAAUAGAAUUCUUUUUUGACGACAUCACGAGCCUACAGACUAUCAGCAGAGUUUGCAGAAUCUUACAGGGUGAAAUCUUCGGCACAGAUUCCGAAGACUGAAGUUAAAUUUAAAAGAAUAAAGCAAACGCUUCAUCCAGAAAUGGCCACAUGGAUUCAGCUUGUAUACAUUUUGAUUUAUGCUACAGAAGUGUCAAAAGGAGAACAGUUUCAUUCUUUUUUGAGUGACACAGAAUUAAAUCAUCUAACGGUUAACCAUGACACAGGCAUUGUCUACAUCGGAGCAGUUGACCGUCUGUACCAGCUUUCCGGUGACCUUAAAUUACUUGUCAAUUUUACAACUGGACCAAGACUUGAUCAUAAGAAAUGUACGCCACCUAUUGAGGCCCCUGCCAGCCAAUGUACAGACGCAGACUUAACACACAAUUAUAAUAAACUGCUUCUGCUUGAUGUGCCGAAUAAUCGGGUGGUUGUAUGUGGAAGCUUAUUUAAAGGAAUCUGCUCUUUGAGGGGUAUAGAUAACAUAUCUAAGGAGCUAUUUUAUGAUGAUACCAAGGGAGAGAAGUCUUUUGUUGCCAGCAAUGACGAGCAGGUUGAAACUGUAGGUCUGAUUGCCAAUAUGCCCAAAUCAAUCAACAUGCCCAACGUGACACGGGCUCUGUUUGUUGGGAAAGGUACAAGCCAGUAUGACAAUGGAAUCGUUAUUAGCACUAGAAUACUCAAUACAAAUGAUGAAAGAGGACCCUUUGAAACAAUUUCAGAUUCUGCAACUUUUAAGUAUGGCUAUUCAUCUGUCAGUACUCAGCAGUUUGUCACAGUGUUUGAAGAUACAGAACGUGUUUAUUUUAUCUCUAGUCGCAUAGACAAAACCUUAAAAAAAAAUAGGACACUUAUUACCCGAUUGUGUAUUAAGGAUUUGUACUACUUUUCCUACGUUGAGAUGGAUCUUGGCUGUAUAGACCGGAACAACAUUCCCUACAACAUCUGCACUUCGGCUUUUCUUGCUCAUCCAGGACAAGAGUUAGCAGGGACAAUAGGGAUUUCCAGUGACAGUAAAGUUCUCUUUGGAGUUUUUAGCACUUUUAUAAAUAACCAGGAGAGAUCUGCUCUGUGCAUGUUUUCCAUGGAGAGUAUUAACAAGAAGUUUGAAGAAAAUAGAGAAGAAUGUUACACUAGUACUACAGAACUAUUAAACAAAGAUGGAGAACCAGUCUUUUCCAAGCCGUUUGGUGAUAAAAUAGGUUGUGUGGGAAAACAGACUCCCAAUGUAAACGAGUCCAUGAAAUAUCUUUGCGGAUCAGAACAUUUGCCUUACCCACUGCAGAGCAAAAAUGGUGUGACUGCAGAAGCUGUGCUCAUGCGAGAGGUUAACCCCUAUACAGCUGUAGCAGUGUCUGUAGAGAAUGAACACACUAUUGCGUUCCUUGGUACAGCAGAAGGAAAAUUGGUGAAGGCUUUUUUGGGGGAUCAGUCUAAAGAAUACAGGACCGUAUUAUUUGAUACCAAAAGUACCGUAAAGAAUGGAAUGGUUUUUGAUGACGCCAAAGAACAUCUUUACGUUAUGACUAAGAAAAAGGUGCAUCGUGUUCCUGUUCAGGACUGUGAGCAGUACGCAAACUGCAAUGAAUGCACACGAGCAAAGGAUCCCUACUGUGGUUGGUGUGUGAUAGAUGGAAAAUGCACUAGAAAAACGAAUUGUGUUCGAGCCAGUGAUAUAAAUCACUGGUUGUGGAGUCCUAAUGGUGUCUGUCUGAGGAUUGAAAGUGCCAGUCCAAGUAAUAUGAGUGUUAAGGCACUUGAUGUUGUUGUGUUAAAAGUGGAGCCUUCCAUAACAUUACUGGAAACGGACAAGUUGAUGUGCAACUUUGGAGGAAACACCCAGGAUGCCACAUUGGGAAACGAUGGGACAAUUUCUUGCCAUCACCCAGUGGAUAUUCCUCCAACUGAGAUAGGCAAAGAUUAUGUUAAUGUUGAUAUUGACUUAUACUUUGCAAAGUCGGGACGUGUGUCAUUUGCAAACUAUUCCUAUCAGUUCUACAACUGUGAAAAAUCCAUGAACCUCUCAGAAAACUUGCCGUGCACAUCUUGUGUAAAUACAGAGUGGGAAUGUCGAUGGGACAUUGCCAAUCAUGAGUGUGUUGACCCCUCUACAAGUGAUGAACCAGUUACAAUCAGCAUGGAAGACAAGUGUCCACAGUUCUUAGAGCCAGAACCAUUGUUUGUCCCAAUGGCGCAAAAAAUGACUAUAACGUUUAAUGGGCAGAAUCUUGACUCUUUCCAGGGGGCAUCAUUUAUUGCUGGUAACGAUAAACUUAAGUACAAAGACACUGUAUCGGAAGAAAAUGGCAUGUUCUCGCUCUCCCUCCCAGCGUUCCCAGUGCAAAAUAAAGAAAUUGUUCCUCUGGAUAUUUACAUUAAAGUGAAUGAAAAGAAGAUUGACAGCAAACUGAAUGUGAAUCUUUAUAACUGUUUUUAUGGAAGAAGUGACUGCAGCUUGUGUCUGGCGGCUGAUCCAAAAUACCAUUGUGUCUGGUGUAACAACAAAUGUGUCUAUAAAGAUAUGUGUAGGGGUACAGGUGCCACAGAGUGCCCGGCUCCUAUCAUCACAGAUUUUACACCAAAAGCUGCACCAUUAAAUGGAGGUAUACUGCUGACUAUAAUGGGAUCUAAUUUAGGAAUAAUCCCUGCGGAUGUGGAAGAAAUUAAAGUUGCAGACGUGAAUUGUAAAUUCCAGCCAGAAGCAUAUUCCGUUUCUACCAGGGUUGUGUGCGAGGUUGGAGAUGCCACUGCUGAUCAGUCGGGAAGAAUAGAAAUAAUGAUAAAAAGCAAGCGGGGAGUAUCACCAGACAAUCUUAUUUUCACCUACCAGGAACCGAAUCCUACAUCUUUGAAACCCACGGAAGGUGUUCUUGCUGGGGGAACAAAAAUAACAAUAACUGGCAAUAAUUUAAAGACGGGAUCCAAAAACGAUGUCCGUGUGACCCUUGAUGAUAACAACUGUGAAGUCAUUACAUUUGGUGAAGAAAUGGUAUGUGUUACAAGUGCAGCUACGAAGGAGGGGGAUGUGAAAGUAAUUAUGUACUAUGGCAGUGAUACAGUGAAAGAAGCUGGAACCUUCUCCUACAGAAGUAACCCUGUCAUUUACCAAUUUAGCCCUGAUCGAAGUUUUGCCAGUGGAGGAAGAAAUGUUACCGUUUCAGGGAAAGGAUUUAAUCUUGUUCAGAGUUUCAGCAUGAUGGCCACAUUGCAGUCAAACAGGCAGAAAAGACAGGUGGAUGGCUAUGAUCUUCAGUUGAUUGAAAAGCAAGACAUCCUUGAAAGAGUUAAUGACUCUGUAAUCAUAUUCACCUCUCCUAAAGUCCCUGAACAUUACCAGAACUCGAAGGUUAUUUCUGUGAUUAAAAUGGAUGGUUUUGAGACACCUCUGCAAACAACUGAUCUCUCUUUCAAUUAUGUCAAUGAUCCCACUUUUGAUAACUUUACAGAUGGCAUCAAGAAGCAAGUGAACAAUCUAAUUAAUGCCAAGGGAAAUGACCUUAAUGCUGCAAUGACCAUACAAGAGGCUAAAGCAUUUGUUGGUGAAGGUGUUUGCAAGAUAAAUACUCUCACCUCAACCGACUUGUACUGUGUCCCACCAGAAGAGCAACCUCAGCCCAGGAGACGCCACAAAAGGGAUACCUCAGACAACUUGCCUGAGUUCACAGUUAAAUUUGGAAACAGAGAGUGGGUCCUGGGAAAAGUAGAAUAUGGACAGACACCAGCGAUUCCCCUAAACAUAAUUAUUCCAGUGGUCCUCAUACCAAUGAUUUUAAUAAUUGCUAUUUCUAUUUAUUUCUACCGGAGAAAGAGUCAGCAGGCAGAGAGAGAGUAUGAAAAAGUGCGACAGCAGCUGGAGGGACUAGAGGAGAGUGUCAGAGACCGAUGCAAGAAGGAAUUCACAGAUCUUAUGAUAGAGAUGGAGGACCAAACCAGUGACCUGAAUGAAGCUGGAAUUCCAGUUCUGGAUUACAAAAUGUACACUGACAGAGUUUUCUUCUGGCCCUCCAAAGAUGGAGAAAAAGAUGUAAUGAUCACUGGAAAACUGGACAUUCCAGAAGACAGGAGAAAAACUGUAGAGCAAGCAUUGAACCAGUUUUCAAACCUUCUCAACAGCAAAUCUUUCCUCACUAUUUUUAUCCACACUCUGGAAAACCAGAAGGACUUCUCUGCCAGGGAAAAGCUUUAUUUUGCAUCCCUGCUUACGGUCGCUUUGCAUGGAAAGCUAGAAUAUUACACUGAUAUCAUGAACACUCUAUUUGUGGAACUGAUGGAGCAGUAUGUGGCCAAGAAUCCUAAGCUUAUGCUGAGAAGAUCAGAAACAGUGGUUGAGCGGAUGCUGUCCAACUGGAUGUCCAUUUGUUUAUAUCAAUAUCUGAAGGACACAGCUGGGGAACAUCUAUACAAACUAUUCAAGGCAAUCAAACACCAAGUGGAGAAGGGGCCUGUGGAUGCAGUGCAAAUUAAAGCCAAAUACACUCUGAAUGACACAGGAUUACUGGGCGAUGAUGUAGAAUACUCACAGUUGACUGUUAACGUCAUUGUUCAGGAUGAAGGUUUGGAGCCUGUGCCAGUAAAAGUGUUAAACUGUGAUACAAUCAAACAAGUUAAGGAGAAAAUAGUCGAUCAAGUUUACAAAAACCUUCCCUAUACACAUCGACCUAAGGCGGACAGCUUAGCACUAGAGUGGAGACCUGGCUCAACCGCGCAGAUAUUGUCCGACUUGGAUGUAACCUCACAGAAAGAGGGCAGAUGGAAACGGAUUAAUACACUAAUGCAUUACAAUGUCAGAGAUAAUGCCACACUCAUUUUAUCAAGAAUUGGAAUUUCUCAGCAACAAGAGGAAAAUCACCAGGAUUUCCCAGGAGAAAGGCACGCGCUACUAGAAGACGAAAACAAAGUGUGGCAUCUUGUCCGUCCAGCAGAUGAAGUAGAUGAGGGUAAAUCUAAAAGAGGAAGUAUGAAAGCAAAAGAACAGACCAAAGCCAUAACGGAAAUCUAUCUGACAAGGCUUCUGUCUGUCAAGGGUACGCUGCAGCAGUUUGUAGAUAACUUUUUUCAGAGUGUUCUUAAUUCCAAUCAAGUGGUACCGCCAGCUGUGAAGUAUUUCUUUGACUUUUUGGAUGACCAAGCAGAGAAAUAUGAAAUUAAAGAUGAAGAUACGGUUCACAUAUGGAAAACAAACAGUUUAUCACUGCGGUUUUGGGUUAAUAUACUGAAGAACCCUCAUUUCAUCUUUGAUGUACAUGUGCACGAAGUGGUGGAUGCUUCCUUGUCAGUCAUUGCACAGACUUUCAUGGAUGCGUGCAGCCGGACAGAGCACAAACUGAGCAGAGAGUCACCCAGCAACAAACUGCUUUAUGCAAAAGAGAUCUCCACGUACAAGAAAAUGGUGGAAGACUAUUACAAAGGAAUUCGUCAAAUGGUACAAGUCAGUGACCAGGACAUGAAUACACAUUUAGCAGAAAUUUCAAGGGCACAUACAGAAUCAUUAAACACACUGGUAGCACUACACCAGCUGUACCAGUAUACAAAGAAAUAUUAUGAUGAGAUCAUAAAUGCUCUAGAAGAGGAUCCGGGAGCACAGCGCAUGCAGUUAGCAAUUCGGUUACAGCAAAUAGCAGCCGCGUUAGAAAAUAAAGUCACCGACCUUUGAUUGGAAAAGCUGGACAGUGAAAGAAAGUGUGAAAUCAAAGAUGUUAAUUUUUCUUCCUAAGGAACAGAGUGUUAUAUUUUUAAAAAUGUCCUUUUUGCCUUUUUUAAUUAGACCGAUUUGUCUUGCACACUAUAAAAAAGGAGAAAGAUGUUUUUACUGUAAAUUAUGCCUCAAGUGAAACCUGUGUUAUAUGUGGGAAGGGACAUUUUUUAUAACGGAUGUAAUUAUACAAUGCGACAAUAGCAUUGACGUUUUUAAAUUCAUUAUGCAAACAUACUAAAUUUGUAGUGUCAUUUAUAGUAAAGCAAUACAUUUAAUAAGCAAUCAUUUCAACACGUUAGGACAUAGUUAAUCCUAUGCUUCCCUACACUUUCUGUUUUAAUAACUGGACAAGUAAUGUGAAUCUGUGACAGAUCUUUCCACCAAGUGCCACGAAGGGAUAUUGCAAUGCAAUGUAUUACUACCUGGCUUUUAAUGGAGUUCUAAAAAGCUGCCAAUAUUAGACUAGAGGAAGCACAAAUUUAAUUCUGCUUUUCUUUUUUUAAAUUCUGAAAUGUAUUUUAUUUUAUAUACAUUUACAUUCGAAUGUGCCUUAUACAGUAUGUACCAGUUAAUGAAAGAUUGAAGAUACAUGAUUUUGUAAAGAAUAUAGAAGAUUUAUUUAUGUCACGAUUUCUUUUCUUUUUUUUCCUUUGUUUUUUUCCUGUGACCAAAUGUAAUUAAUUGUGUGUCAAUGAAGUACAAGUUGACAUGAUUAUGUAAAGAUUUAAUAUGUUUAUCUUGUAUUAAAAUGUUGCCAGAAUCUUUCAUCUGCUCCUGGUAGCUUACCUAAAAGCACCUUUUUAUUGUAUCUCUACAUAAGAAUGUAAAAUGCAAUAUGUGAUGUGAGACCACAGCCAGCAUCUGAUUGUACAUUUCAGUCCCACAAUAAAGUGUCACAUCUCAUACUAUGAAUACAACCACUACAA